AUGGAGGUCCGGUCGGCGAGCAGUUCGUCGCCUGCCCAGCAGCCCAAUAAUGGCAAACAACCUGCAUGUCUGAACUGCCGCCGGAGCAAGAUCCGCUGUAACCGGCCGGCGGGCCACUCGAGCUGCGAGAAGUGUCGACAGAGUAAUGCGGAUUGUAUUGUUCCCAGCCAUCAUUUGGGGAGGCAAAAGGGGGUGAAGAAUAAGCGCAAAGGCCUGGAGAAGGCUAUACACCAGAUUGAGCAGGCUAUUAAAAGGCCCAAAGUGGACUCGUCGAGUCCGGAUGAUGCCCAAAAAGCUAUCUCGGGACUUCAGGAGCUGCUGAGUCGAUUCCAGGGCCAGUUACAGGGUGAUUCGGAUGCAUUUGCAGAUGGCUCUGGUCGUGUGCGCGGUCUGCCGGAGGCGAUGGUAGAUGAGAGUCUUACUCUUGAUGAUGCGGAGAAUCCUCUACAGUUACUGGCCAGGGCUUCGGAUCUGCAACUGUCUCCCACGGGCGUUCGACAUGCCCAGAAGUCACCCAUGCCCCCGUCUGUUGCGCCGUCGACAGUACCACAGGAAAGUAAUGACUCGGGCGAGGUGAGUGCAAAAUCGUUCUUUGUACCUGCACAGGCGAACUUGGAUGUUGGACCGGACUUGGAUCCAGUAGAUCUGGGACUUGUCACGUUCGACGAGGCAGAGUCUUUGUUUUCUUUUUUCUACCAAAAUCUUGCACAUACGCGAUGGGGGCUGGAUCCCCUUGUACAUACGGCAUCCUUUGUGCGCUCGCAGUCGUCAUUUUUGUUUACCUCGAUCAUGUCAGGAGCGGCUCUUUUCUUGCCGUCUGCCGCUGCCCUAUCUACGAGAUUAUCUAGGCAUUGCAAAUGGCUAGCUAAGCGUGUGAUAACACAUCGAUACCGAUCGGUUGAAAUUGUACUGGCCUUCAUGGCCAAUGUACCAUGGAUGGCGCCCGGAGAACGGCUUGGAGAUGAUGAUACUUGUUCAUAUAUCGCCAUGGCACUGACAGUGGCACUGGACCUAUCCUUGAACAAAAUCGUCACCCCCUCGUCAAGCCUCGAAAAGGAAUCAUUAGGUAGAUUGGCUCGAGCUGAUUGCAUCGAUGCCAAGCGAGCCUUACACAUGGAUGGAUUCGAUGAUGUCAAUCCCAACUCCGAAUGGGGUCGUCGAUUACUCCGACGGCGAGAGAGAACAUGGAUUGCGCUAUUCGUGGUCGAACGAGGAGUCUGCCUUGCUCGCGGAAGAAGCUACACUGUCCCUCCAACAGCGCUCAUCGAGAACUGCGACGCCUGGCAUCGAUCCGACAUUGCCGAUCGACGCGACGGACCGAUGAACUCAAUGGCCGUUCUACGCCGCGACCUCGACGAGCUUUUCAGAAAAGUCAAAUCAAGCUGCGACAGCUAUCGCAUCGUCGACACCGGAUCCGAAGCUGCCCAGGCUAUCAAAACGACCAUCGAGAGUUUCUACGAGCGCUGGUUCGCAACAUGGGCACUAGCCAUCAGCGAGGGCGGUCCACGAUCUCUCCCGCCAUACGUCGAGAUUCUAGUCACACACACUCAACUAUCCACCUACGGCGGCGUCAUCAACCACCCCACAGCCCCCGUCGAAGUAAAACGGUUCUUCCGCGCAGCAGGACUCUCCUCUGCACUCAACGUCCUUCGAGCAGCUAUCCAAGGCGAAUCCCGCCUGAAAUCCAUGCCCAAUAACACCGUCAUCAUGAUCUCCUUCGCCGCAUGUUCCGCGCUUAGUCUAAGCGUGACACCAGGCGACAGCCGCUCAAGUCUAGCACCCAGCGUGAGAACCCUAAUCGAAGAAACAGCCGGCGUCCUUGAAAGAAUCGGCGCGACGCCAUCCCACCGUAAUGGCGCGUCAGUGUUAUACGGACGAUUCCUACGUGAACUUAUCCGCCGCGGACCAGCCAUGUCGAACUCACACCCUCGUCCUGAUACAAGAUCACUCGAUCUGCCAGACCCUGUCAUACCGAACACGUGUCUGAGUGAACAGGGUCCCUCGCUGACUGCGACACAACCCGUUCUCCCACCGGGAGAUCUGUGGACGGAACCGAUGCAGUUCUCGGCCAUGUCGGAUGAUCAGAUUAUCGAUGCGGUUAAUCGGGCUGGGAGUGCGUUUGGUGCGUCUAUACCGGAUGUACCCGUGGAUGAUAUGCUUAGUUGGGAUUGGCUUGAUUUUGCGAGUACUGAUUUUAAUUUUUGA